GCAGAUUUUUGUAACAUUUUUUUUUCUCUGAAACUGUGCAAUUAUUUUGUCAAGUUGCCUUGGUGGUCGGCGAGAAGAAUGGAGAAGGCGGUGGUUGUUUGUGUGGCUCUUUUUUGCGUGCUGUUCGCGUUUGUGAAUGCGGAUGACGCCGAAACCGCUGUGAAAGAACCCGGGCCGCAGGCAACAACCUCAAUAACAACGACGUCUGAGGCGUCGAAAACAACCCGACGCUCGGCCCGGGCAUCGACUCGCCAAAAGCCCAACUUCGCCCACCAGGCCAGUCAUCACCAGACCGCGAGACAGAUGGCGCCAGCGGAUGAAUCUCAACUCGCCGACCAGCAAGCAACGACACCUGGCGACGCGGACCCGAACACUGCCACGGUCACGACUACCAAAGCAGGCCCCGUGGUGCCUCCAGGCAAAGAAGUGACCAGCAAAAAGCCCAUCAAGAUCCCGAAUGCCACCACAACUGAAGGGAACAGCAGCAAUAAUGGAACCACCAGCACUGAUGGAACAUCAGCAUCCAGUGGUCAGAGAGUGGAAGUGUCAGACUCAGAUGUAACCUUGCAAAAUCAAAUUUACAUUUUGUCUGGGGUAUUUGGAGCUCUGGGACUGAUUCAGUUCCUGGUCCUCAUUUCCCUUGCAGUGGCUUUGUCCAGUGUGAAUGCCAAAUUGAGGCAGUUGCAGCUAGACAUGAAGCCUUCAUUUGGCACAUUGAACAGGGGUUACAUGCAGCCUGAAAUGGAAAUGAGUGGCCUUGGUAACCCUGGUUUGGACGAACUGGAGGCAAGGUAUCAACAGCAAAGUCCAAUUGGGAACAGAGGGGACUUUAAUGGUUUUGGCUCAUCACCAUCAAUGGGAAUGCCAGGCUCAAGACCACCAGGGUUCCCCAGGGCCCAUUGGGUCGGGGAUCGGGUCUCUCGCAACUACACCUGAGCAAUUUAUUACCCCAAGACUCAAUUCUCAGGCUUUACGCUUGUUUUGACACUGCAAAAAAAAAAUUCUCCUUGAACAAUUUUCCGAGCCAAUUUCAAUUUUCAAGUCACCGGUCAACAAAAAGAGAAACAUUCUGUUCCCCCGCCUUAAUUUUUCAGCCCAACCGAGUGCAAGACGCAUGUUUGCAAGGUGAAAACGUAUACUCAAGUCUGGAGCCAAAGUUUGCAUGCGGAUCUUUUGUAAAUAUCGAUUUCCUUCUAGAGAUCAAAAGCAAGCCCAAUUUGACCUGCAUGGUGUUUUUUUUCUGGACAAAUGCUGUGAGAGAUAAUUUGAGAAAGUAUUCAUUUAUUAUUUUGCCUGCGAAUUUUGAACAAGGGAAAUGGCAGCAACUAAUCGGUUUCAGAAAAAAGAAAAA